UUAUCACUUAUUUUCCCAGCUAAAGUCAGUGGUGUUUAUCACAUCGAAACUUGGAAUUCCGACCUUGCAAUUCCGACCUUGCAAUGAAGCCCUGAACGCACCGAGCACCGUCCAACAUGGCGGCCCAGCGCAGGAACUUGAUGCAGAGCCAUCAGAGCUGGACAGAUGACCUGCCGCUGUGUCAGAUGUGCGGCGUUGGCACAGCAACCAACUGUGUGUAUGGACCUGAUGGGAAAGGAGCUCUGAUCCACCCCAACGAGGAUGGACACCUCAGGUUCAGAGGCGAGGACGGCUGUUUCCUGUACGGGGUUUUUAACGGUUAUGAUGGCAGCAGAGUGGCCAGUUUUGCCUCCCAGUGUCUGACAGCUGAACUGCUGCUGGGACAGCUCAACUCCAGUCACACAGACAACGACGUCCGCAGGAUCCUCACACAGGCCUUUGACGUGGUGGAGAAGAGCUAUUUUGAGACGAUAGAUGAUGCUCUGGCUGAGAAAGCUAACCUGUCCAACUACCUCCUACCACACAACGAGAAUGUGUCGUUCCACCAGCUUUCUCCUCAGAGUCAGAAAAUGCAGGAGCGUCUGAAGGAGCUGGAGCAGGAGGUGUCAGGAGGAGCGACGGCCGUGGUGGCACUGAUCCUCAACAACAAGCUCUAUAUCGCCAGUGUUGGUACCAACCGGGCACUGCUGUGCAAGUCCAGCAGCGAUGGGCAGAACCAGGUUCUCCAGAUCGGCCGACCACAUAGCACUGAGAAUGAAGACGAGCUGCAGAGGCUGUCUGCGCUGGGUGUGGAUUCAGCCCGUGUGAGGCAGGCGGGGCAGAUUGCUGGUCAGAGCAGCACCAGGAGGCUCGGAGACUACCGCGUGAAGUUCAACCACAAUGAAAUCGACCUGCUCAGUGCGGCCAAGACGAGGCCAAUCAUCGCAGAGCCGGAGAUUCAUGGCAGCCAGUCUUUGGACAGCGUGACGGGCUUCUUGUUGCUGAUGUCAGAAGGUCUCAUCAAUGCCCUGGAGUCCGCCCACGGCCCCGAACAAGCCAAUCAGGAAAUCGUUGCCAUGGUAGCAGCAGAGCUGGCCCAGCAGACCAGUCUGGAGGCGGUGGCUCAGUCGGUGGUGGAGCGCAUUAAGCGGCUGCACCACGACGUCUACGUGUCCGGCCGUCAGAGGGCGACCUACUGUUCUCGGCACGAGGACAUGACCCUGCUCAUCCGCACGCUCAACUACCCGCUGGCUGACGGAGUGCUCACGCCCACGCAGGGUAGGAAAGGUGGACGUAUCUACCCCGUGUCGGUGCCCUACUCCAACAGCCAGAGCACCAGUAAAACCAGUGUCACCCUCUCGCUGGUCAUGCCCUCCCAAAAUACUCUCACCAAUGGAACCAACACCGCCUCCACCCUGGAGGAAGGCACCCCGACACCAGGCAGUCAGAGCCCCACAGCCACCCUCCAGUCCACCAACACCCAGACGCAGAGCUCCAGCUCCAGCUCGGGAGACGGCAGCCUGUUCCGCCAGAGAGGCAGCCAGGCGGCUCAGCCCGACGAGACGGGUAGGGUCCCGCCUUACGUGGACUUCAGUCAGUUUUACCGAAUGUGGGGGAGUGACCACAGCGACGGGCAGAGCACCCAGGGAGGACUGGGACCCCAGUGAAGAGGGUGCCGGGUGCCAGUCGGAAUGUGAAGGGACAAAGAUUUUAAGAGGUGGUUUGGGAUGGACGAUGAAAUGCUUUUAAUGUAUCAUAACUAAAAUAAUAAGUGACCUAAAGGUGCAUGGGGACGCAUGGAGGAAGGACUGGGGUUAUCAGUGAAGCCAGUGGGCAAAGAAUAACCCCGAGACUGUGAGAAACUGGUGUCUCUACACCACAAAAUUAUGUCUGCGCUUCCGUUUUAGAUGCUGGUCAUGAGUGAUUGUGAAUAUAUGUAAUCCAGAUUGUGUUGGUAAAAAACAGGAAUCUCAUAGACCUGAGAGUUUGUGGAGUUGAGAAUGAUGACAUACUGUAAGGCCUAAUGGAUUGAAUGGAUGUGUUUUGAAAGAACUUUUUAAUUUGUAAUGAAAGUAUAUCUAAAUGACUCAA